AUGCAGCCGGUCCGAGCAUCCGCCGAUUCCACAUUCAAACUAGAGUUCAACAGCAUUUCACCGAAAUCUACUUUGUUUGGGUCCCGGGUUCAACGACACGCUGUGACGCCUGUGCGGCUGUGUGCGCGCGCCGCUACGUCCGUACGACGUCUCACGCACACAUCGAUACCGCUCGUGGCUCUUAUGCUGGGCAAAUUUGUCACUUAA